AUGGCCAAGACCACCGGUCGUUUAAAGUAAAUAGGGUGUACUACAGUGUUAUCUUUAUGCUAAUAACUACCAAUAUUCAUUUUUUUUUUCCAAUCGAAUUUUGUGCGAGAGAGACACAUUUGUUAAAAAAAAAUAAAAUAAAAAAAAGUUUUUGUCGUCCAAUAAGCCAACGAAUUCAGAAUUUUUGUUUGCAAUUUAACUGCAAUAUUACUAAUUUCAAGAAUAACUUAUAAUUUGAUAAUAUUAUAUUGUUGCAGAAUUUAUGUAUACAUCAUAACCACUAAGGAAAACACACACUGUUCUUUUAGAAACUAAAUCAAAAUAAACUUUUCCUUACUUCAAAUUGCAAUAUUUUUUAGUAAAUAAGUAAAUAAUAAGUAAUAACUAUAUUAUAUUGGUUAAUACAUUAAAAAAAAAAAAAAAGAAGCAUACAUAAAGAAUUUUAAUUUACAUCUGUGCGGAUUGAUAUACGAUUAAAAACGUAAAACGAUUCUGAGCAGAUCAUUUUUAGUUGUAUCUCCUUUUGCCAAUAAGGUAACUCAAAAAUCAAUAAAAGGUAUACAAAAAAUUGACAGUUUUUACUAAAAUAUGACGAUGAAAGUCAAAAAAUGGCAUUCUCAUUGCACCAACAACUACCUAUAGGGAAGAAAUUUUACAAGAAAGUUCCUAUAAAGCAUUUUAUUAAAGUAAAAUUUCUGUUAGAAAAUUUUUUUACAGAUAUAAAAAUAAAUCAAAUACCGAGUAAAACCAAUACAUUCCUCGCUUCAUUCAAAAAAAAACUUUCAAUACGUUAUUUUAUCAAAAGUACAUUUCAGUUGUAUAUUUUUUACAGCGACAUUGUGACAAUAUUGCUACAGCUGCAAUGAUGAAACGAUAGAUUCUUAAUUUCUUCAAAUAUUACUACUAAAUUAAAUAUCAGCUACUGAAGCCAAUAAAUAAAUAAAUGCCAUAGUGUUCUACAUAAAUUUACUUAAUAGUUUUUAUAGUUUAUAUAGCGGUCAGUAUUAAUAUUAUGACUUUGUGUUUAAAAACAAUAGGUACACAGGUUUACGAGAAAACGAUUUUUUUUUUUUUUCAGCAUUCGGUCAUACCGUGGCAUCCCAAAUGCGUAUAUAGCUACGCCUAUUUGUAUAUAAUAUCGCGAUGGUGACAACGCACCUAAUUAGGUAUAUUAUAUUAUUAUAUUACAUUUAGCAUAGUAUAUCUUAAUAACAUUGCAUUUUCACAUGAAUAACAAAAUCCACUACCGUUAUGUUUUGUCGCGUUCGUCGGUUAUUACGAUAAAGGGCGAUCAGGCCUUGGUUUUUUUUUUCACAAUAUAUAUUUAAUUUGUAUUCGAUUCUAAGUGAAACCAGGAAUUUAUUGAUUUUAUUUUACUUUGAUAUUGUGUAAUUUUUUAUUCUGUUUGUAAACAACUUUUUUACCAGAAUUCAUGCUCUACUUCCAAAUUUACUAGAUUUGUUAAAAUAUAAUAAUUUGUGAUACAAAUUAUAAUUUACUGAUGAAUGAAGAAAAAUUGUAAUUUGUUCAAGUAAUUAAGUAAAUUUCUUUUUGAAAGUUUGUUUAGGGUUAUUAUCGUUAUUAUUAUUAUUAUUAAUUUUUUUUUUUUUGGAGGGAGGAGCACCAAAUAUUAAUAUUUAUUUACAUGAUUUAUACAAAAUAUUUAUCAGCACCACGAUAGAAAUGAGAUACAUAAAUAAAUAAAUAGAAUUAUAGCCGAAAAACUGUAUAUACCUUUACAUUUUAUUGUAUAAUGUACUUAUAUAAAAACCACAAUAAAAGCUUAAUCGUAAUAUAAUUUUUAUCGUUGUUUGGUAUAUACAUGAAAUAAUAACACAAUAAUGUCCUUUUUUUUUUUUAGAAACUUGAGAGAGGGGAAUUACUCUUAUAACCCCCCCUUUUCCCCUUUGUACCCGCACCUGACUCAUACUGAUGUCUGGCUAUAUUGCAUAUCAUUCUUGUAGUGACUGCGGUCAGAGAGCGUUGUCUACAAAAUCGUCGUUUCGGAUUUUAUGGCCUUUUUUUAUCGCGCCUGAGACCGCUCAUUUCAUUAAAUUCGCAUAAAAUUUAUGUUUUCUGAUAUAUUAUUAUAGUGUGGUGUGCAGUACAAAUUACGAUGUUCGCGUGUUGGUUCUAGCAGUAUUCUAAUAAAUUGUUAUAAUAUUACAGCUGUAUACUUAUUAAAACGACGGCGUAUAUAGGUACCCAAAACCCAACCCGUUAAAACAAUAGAAAUUUGCGUAUAUUUGAAGCACAUAUUAUUAUGCCGGGUUGCAUAGGAAUGGAAUACAGUAAACUUUGUUUGGUCAUUCAUCGGCUCUGCAAAAUUACAGUUAUUAAACAGACUGAGUUUCACGAUAAAAGUACCUAUUUCGUUAUUUGAAUAGGAAUAAUGUCCUAUUCAUGUAAAGUUAUUAAUUCAUAAUUUUAUCCGUAGGUAUAUGAAAUAUUACAAAGUAAUAAUAAUUUAAAAGAUUAUUAUAUUUUUAUGAAGCUGCCAUUUUAUUUACAUUUCACAGUUUGUAUGUUAUAGUGAAGAAUAACUCCUCUGCAGCAAUAAGCAAAUUAAAUUACGUUUUUAAGUGAAAAAAAAAUUAUAAUUAAAUUAUAAGAAGAUUUUUCACAGAAUAUUCUGUGGUUAAACAGCUCUGCAAAUUUUACCGUACCGAAAUCAGUUUAGAAACUCAUGUUUGAUAGAUGAUAACAUUGUUAUGGAUUUUUCAAAACAAAUAACCAGUUAUCGGUUCUGUAAAGUUGUACGUGUCAGUAAUAAUGGCAAUAAUAUGGUAAAUGUAUUUUGUUUAAUUUAAUCACAAUUUAUAUAGUGUUAUUCCCAGGACCAGCACAAAGCUAAAUGAUAUCUCGGGUCAAAAUGCCAACUGACGCCAUUUUCAUACAAAAACCUAUAGCAUAAUACUAAAAAAAUUUUUUUUUCAUGGACAGAAAUACGGAAAAAUUAUAUAUUAUUAUAUACAAGGUAUGGCUAUUAAAUAACGAGACUGCUCGCCUAGAGGACGCCCUAGAUGGGUAGUGAAAAAAACGAGUAAUGCGUUAGGUAUCUAGAUAUCUUAUCUAUGCACGUUCCAAAACACGUUUUCGUCACUAUUAAAGUAUUUGUGCAGUAGUGGUUUGAAACGAACGUGUUUUUUUCUCGUGCCGAAAACCAGGUGUGACGAAAAACAGGAGCAACGUAUCAAUCUCAAAUUUCUCGUUAAAUUGAAAAAAACUCCGACCGAGUGCUAUGAAUUGUUGCAAGAGGCCUAUGGAGGAAAUUCUCUAUCUCGUGCACGUGUUUUUGAGUGGUAUAAGCGCUUCAGUGAGGGCCGAGAGAGCACUGAAGAUGACCAGCGCCCAGGUCGCCCUGUCACUGUUUCAACUCCGGAAACAGUGACCAAAAUCAACCAAAUUGUGCGUGCAGAUCGUCGAAUGAGCAUCCGGAUGAUUGCCAAGGCUGUAAACGCCGACAAAGAAACGGUUAGAAAAAUUUUACAUGAGGAAUUACAUAUGACAAAAGUCUGUGCGAAGUUGGUACCAAAAAACCUGACUCCUGACCAAAAGUUCUUGCGUCAACAGGUCUGCUUAGAUUUCCUUGAAAAGUUAAAAGAAGAUCCCACACUGAUGAAAAACAUUAUAACUUGCGACGAAACAUGGAUUUUUCAAUUCAAUGUUGAAACAAAGCGACAAUCGAUGCAUUGGAAUACACCUGAAUCGUCCAGAAUCAAAAAAGCAAGGAUGUCCAAAUCAAAAUUUAAGGCAAUGUUGAUCGUUUUUUUUGACAUUAACGGUAUCGUGAUGACUGAAUGGGUUCCAGAGGGUCAGACUGUCAACCAGAUUUACUAUUUAUCAGUUUUNGCAACACUGCGAGAAAGAGUUCGUAAAAAACGGUCCGAGUUGUGGAAGAACAACUCGUGGAUUUUGCACCAGGACAACACACCUGCCCAUAACGCGCUAUCUGUGAAGCAGUAUUUGGCCGGUAAGCGCACUCCAGUGUUCGAACACGUACCGUACUCGCCAGAUUUAGUACCGUGCGACUUUUUUUUGUUUCCAAAGAUAAAAUCUGCUUUGAAAGGGACCCGAUUUGAGUCGAUGAAAACGGUAAAGCAAAAAACGGCAGAGCUCCUAAAGGCCCUCACCAAAGAAGACUUCCAGCACUGCUUUGAUCAAUGGAAAAAACGUAUGGAAAGGUGUGUGGCAAGGGGAGGGGAGUAUAUUGAAGAGGAGCAUUUGAAUGUAGAAUAA